AUGCGCGACGUCGGCCCAGAUGCUUCAAACGUCAAUCCGACGUCGAAAAAAGUUGACGGAAGCACAUUUCAUGUCGACAAUGCUAAGAUGAGUGUCCCACGAGCGCGAGUACUGGAUUUGAUGAAGGCGCAAUGCCAGGUCUUCGCGACAUCAUACAACCCCCAGGGUGUCCGAAUGGGCAAUAAGAUCCUGCGACAGCGAUUGAAGGGCCCGGCGAUGGCUGCAUACUACCCGCGGAAGACGGCGACGAUCAAGGACCUGAAGCGCGAGUUCGGCCCCGUCCUGGCAACCUGGGAUGAGGGUGAGGAGGAUCGAUUCGAGUACAUUGAGGAACUCAAGCUCCGUGGAAAGAGUGCACCCAAGAAGAAGACGGGUCCCCCAGCUCCCACUACCAAGAGGCGUUGA